AUGGAGAAACAGAGAUGGCGACGUGAAUGGCGCUCUGCUCUCAUUGUCAAGGUACUAGGACGUUCGUUCCCCUUCCCGGUGAUCUCAAAACUGCUGGAGUCGUUGUGGGCAAAAUGCGGGGUCCUACAAAUCUCGAGUCUCUCCUAUGGAUUUUAUGCAGUCCGGUUUACUAGCCAGGUGGAUUAUGAGCGAGCUGCGGCUGGAGGGCCAUGGAUGAUCGGUGAGCAUUAUAUCACUGUUCGUCCGUGGAGAAGAAACUUCAACCCCAAGCUGGCUGAGGUUGCCUCGACAAUGGUCUGGGCCAAACUCCCGGACUUACCUAGAGAGUUUAUCAACAGGGAAGCGGUCGAGCGGAUCGCAUCCAGAAUUGGGCGGCCUAUAAGGGUCAAUCGUUCUACUCAGACUGGGGAUCGGGGACGUUUCGCUAGAGUUAGCGUGGAGGUUGAUCUGACGAAGCCGCUCCUAUCCCAAUACAAAAUCGAAGGCAUCACAUAUUACGUGGAAUUUGAAGGUUUGCACAACAUUUGCACAGAAUGUCGGCGCUAUGGGCACUCCAAAACAACAUGUCCGACCCUGUUCAAAGCACCUUCUAGGGAGGAAGUGAACCAACAGCCGACAACCCCUGUGCCAGCACUAAUUUACGGGGAAUGGAUGAUGGCAAAGCCUCGCAAAACCAACCAGAAGAAGAAAGUAUCACAAGGUCAAGGAAACGAGUCACAGCCCAUGAGGGAACCGUCCAGAAAGGCUGUGGGGGAAGUAAAUGCGGGAUCGGGCUCACAAUUCCAGGUCUUAGCCGCGGAAGCCACCGCAUCAGCACUUCUCGAUUCUUCGCUCACAGCGGACAUGGAAGUGCAAGUAAACCUGGACGAGGGGACUGCUGUUCACCCUUCCGAGCAACCCAGUCACCAAAUCCCGCUCCCAAUAUCUCAGGCACAGUCCAAAUCCCAACCCCCAUCGAGCCAUGAAAGCCAUGCAACCCCAGCUGUGCAACGUAACUCUUUGAAGGACAAGGACAGCGCGGCACUAAUUGAUGUUCCAGUGCAAUUUGCGGCCGAGAAGAAGAUCAUUGCUUCGCCCGGGUCCCAGCCUUCUGGGGCAACGGUUUUGACCCAACAUAACGGCAAGCAACGGGGCCUAGUCCGCUCAGGACAGGAAAAUCAUCAAAAAGCCAAGGGCACUAAUACUCCAGAGCAGCUAGCGCAAACAAAGGGGCGGAAAGCUGAUCUGCCCCAAGGCAGCGAUGGGCAACCUCCAGGGCAACCCACUGCUCAAAUGCAGUUGAAGGACAAGGGGGCCAAGGGCCCUACCGAGAACGGGCCUCCACCUGCUCUCUGA